UAGCAUGAAAUAUAACCUUAUAUAUAAUGCUGGAACAUAGAAUAUAAAUACAUAGUUUAAUUCACAGCUGGCCAAGGGACUGGAAAACAGGCAUUAUGAGGGGGUUAUUUAGUCUGGAGGAAGAGGAGGCAGAGGGGAGACCUCGUCACUCUACAAUUACCUGAAAGGAGGCUGCAGCAAGGUGGGUGUCGGUCUAUUUUCUCAGGUAACAAGUGAUAGGAUGAGAGGAAAAAUGGCCUCAAGUUGUGUCAGGGGAGGUUUAGACUGCACUUUAGGAAGAAUCUCUUUAUUUAGAGGGUGUUUAAGCGUUGAAAUGGACUGCCCAGGGAAGUGGUGGAGUCCCCAUCCCUGGAGGUACUUAAGAAAUGUGGGCACGGCACUAAGGGACAUGGUUUAGUGAUGGGACUCAGUAGGUCAGGUUGAUGGUUGGACUUUGUGAUUUUGAAGGUCUUUUCUAAUCUAGAUGAUUCUGUGAUUCUACUUCAGACUAGCAAAAAAUGAGACCUUUCAAGAAAUACAAGAAAGCUUUGAUACUUUCACUUUAAAAUAUUAUUAGUGAUAUUCAAAUUUUAUUAGGAUUUUUAAAAAAAUAUAUUUGCCAUUCUAAUCAAAAUAAUUGGGGGAAAAAAGAGUUGAAAUUUUAAGGCAGUCUUCUUGAUGAAGUGAUGUACAAAUAAAAUAGUUUGCAUACGUAGGUCAGGCAAGACCUUUUCGUUUAAGCAAAAUUUGAAAGUAGAGAUAUAGCAUUUCAUUUAACUAAAGCAAAAAUGGCUUAAAGAUGUUGGAUAAACCUUCUGACAGGUAUCCACUGAAAAUCACAGCUAAAAUUUGUGAGCAUAUUAGAUGGAAAAAGAAAACAAGUAGGCAAAGCAAGAUAAUAGGUGAAGAGGGUUGCAGUGGGUUAACCCCAGCUAGCAACAAAUCACACCCCCAGAUUCUUGCUCUGCCUCCAGCAGGAAUGCAGGAGAGAACUAGAAGAGUAAAAGGAAGAAAAACUUGUGGGUCAAGAGAAAGACAUGAAUAUGUGAAGGGUUUGUGGGGAUAAAAACACAAACUGCAGCUGAAGGGGUUUGCUCAUCAACUCCAACAGGCAGCCCCAGCCACUGAGGAUCAGCUGCCUUGAAAAGACUAAACCCUAAGCUGUUAUUGCAGAGCACGAUGUUACUGGGCAUGGGAUAACUCUUCGAGUCAGCUGUGUCUCCUUGCUGUGGGGGCACAGUGGGAAACAGGAGGCCUGCGUACUCUGCAAGCACUGCUCAGCUGAAGCAUCCCUGUGUUACCAGCGCUGCUUUGGUCACCAAGCCCUGACACAGCACCAUCCAGGCUGCUGUGAAGGAAGUUAACUCUACUCCAGCCAGGCCCAGUGUAAGUACAAGCUUGGAAAAAGUUUAAACUCAGUUAUGGAAAUGACAACAGGAAGAAAAUCUCGUUAUGGCACCAUCGGGAAGAAAGCAUUCAGGAAAAGCUGGUAAACCAGCACAGGAGGAUCAAGCGAUACCUCCCUAUGGCUUUCCAGAGGAAAGAAAAGAGCUGAGUGGAUCAGAGGAAGAUAUUAGAGAAGGUGAAACACCAGUAAUGGAGAAGCAUGGCAAGAAAAGACCUUUGGUGACUACUCAUGUGGUUCCAGAUGAUGUAGGGGGUGAAGUACAGAAUAUGCUGGAAAGAUUUGGAGCUGACAUUAACAAAGCUCUGUUAGCUAAGAGGAAAAGAUUAGAAAUGUAUACGAAAGCUUCACUCAAAACCAGUAACCAGAAGAUUGAACAUGUCUGGAAAACACAGCAGGAGCAAAGGCAGAAGCUCAAUCAUGAUUUCUCCCAGCAGUUCCUGACUUUAUUUCAGCAAUGGGAUGUAGACGUGCAGAAAGCAGAGGAACAGGAAGAAAAACUUGCGAAUAUGUUUCGUCAGCAACAAAAAGUUUUUCAACAGGCAAGAAUAGUUCAAAGCCAGAGACUGAAAACCAUUAAGCAACUGUAUGAGCAAUUCUUAAAGAGCAUGGAAGAACUAGAGAAAAACAAUGAAAAUCUUCUAGUUGGUGCACAAAAUGAACUUCGCAAAGAAAUGGCUAUGUUGCAGAAGAAGAUUAUGAUGGACACUCAACAGCAAGAGAUGGCAACUGUUCGCAAGUCUCUUCAGUCCAUGUUAUUCUGAUGGCUCAAUGGAGAAACAACUUGUACCUAAGUAACACGAUACAAGUAUAGGCAUUAACCAUAGAGAAGUUACCUUAAGAUGAUUUAAAUGUUUUAAAGUUCCUAUUAAAUGAUUUAGUGGAUUGUUCUAA